GAUCGACUUCCGACACCUCAGCCAGUAAGAGCUAAGACUCCUCAGUCGAAAUUGGUUCAUCAGUGAUCACCUGGUAAGUACACCAUCUGCUUCUUGAAAACAGGUAUGCUGACUAUUCGGAAGGGCCAGUAUGAGCAUUGAUUCUUAUCCUCAGAACCCCACAGUUCUACUUGAAAGGAAACCAUCAUGGCCGGUGACAGUGCGGGCCAUAUUGCCAAUGCGACCAACGACGACAUCUUUACGGUCAUGGUGUCUCUCAAUCCCAACUGGGAAAUCGCCGAUUUUACCACCAACGUUAAUCUCCUCUUCGCCGCCAUCAAAGAGAUCAAACAAGUUGCGAACGACGAAGACCUUCCGAAUACGUUCGUCACCAUCCGCGAUCUAUACGAAUUCACCAAAAUUUCCGCCAAACUGCUAUCGAUAUACCCUGAACCCGCUUUGGCCGUCAUUAACGCGUUCAAAAAGAACUCGAUCCGUAUUUCUUCUGGUCAAUACAAGCAGGUUAAGACGAGGGACGCUUUAGGGUCGUAUCUCAAUAAAUCCGGGACUGAAUACCUGUUGAAAGCGAAUACGGUGUCGUUGAUGGUCGUGAGUGGCGAUGGGCAGCGGGUUGCGAUGUAUAAUACGAACUCGGAAUACUCCUGGAUUGCUGCUGACAAUGGGGAGAUAGUCCGAGCCAAGGAUGGGUCUAUCGGGCAGCAGGGCCCUCAAGCUGGAGUAGUGGAUUGGUCGACUAUGGGGGGCAACUAGAUGGAGGGGGAUAAGUAAGAUGUGAUAACCGAACCCCGC